CCCGCCGCCGCUCCCCGCCGCCGCCGCUCCCCGCCGCCGCCGCCGCGCUGCAGGACUGGCUAUGGCCACCGCCACUUCCGGGUUCCGUCACUUCAUUCUCCCGCCGAUCGGCGCCGCGAAACUGAGCCGCUUCUAUAAGGCAGCCCGCAGCCAACCUGCCAGCGCUUACUGACACUCACUCAUCUCAGAGAGAGAGGGAGAGAGGGAGGCAAAAUACCCACCGGCAGGAGGAGGAAAAAAAAAAAAAAAAAAGAAAAAAAAAAGAGAGAGAGAGAGAGGAGAGGGGGAAGUCUCCGGGCUUUGCAAACUAUUCGAUUUUUUUUUUCUUCGCAUCUUUCCCCACCCCCCUUCACAGUACUCAAAAAAAAAAAAAAAAAAAAAAAAAAAAAAAAAAAAAAGACCCUCUAGCGAUCCUAAAAGGCAAAACCUGAGCGCGGAGUUACUGGAAGAAGGAACCGGGGUUAAAAAGAUUCCUCCUCUCUUCUUCAUCAUCAUCAACCAUCAUUCAUUCACUACCUUGACAUUCCCUGGCUUUGAUUGACAGCUGGAGUGGCAAAAAGCCAUGAGACACGACAGUUUGGUUACAUGUGGGUUGCUGACGGGCCGAUCGUAACCUUCAGUUUGGGGGCUUGACAAUUUUUUUUUUUUUUUUUUUUUGCAUAGAGAAAGAAAAAAGGAAAAAGAGACAGAAAGAGAAAAAGGAAAGAGAAAGAGACAGAAAAAAAGAGAAGAAAUACACAGAAACUCAUCGUGGUUCCUGACUGUUUUUUAUAUAUUAUUGUUGUUGUUGUUGUUGUUGUUAUUAUUUACCCAUAUUGGAGGACAGGAGAAGUCUAUAAGUGGGUUGCAAAAAAAAAAAAAAAAAAAAAAAAGGAAUCUUCUUCACUCUAAAUCACUUUCUUUGCUGGACUGGGAUAUUAAAUAUACGACACAUCCAGGAGUUUAUUGGAGCGCAGACUGAUGGCGCAAAGGUACGAUGAGCUGCCCCACUACGGCGGGAUGGAUGGAGUAGGGGUGCCGGCGUCCAUGUACGGGGACCCCCACGCCCCCCGGCCGAUUCCCCCGGUGCACCACCUCAACCAUGGCCCGCCGCUGCACGCCGGCCAGCACUACGGGGCCCACGCCCCGCACCCCAAUGUCAUGCCGGCCAGCAUGGGCUCCGCUGUCAACGACGCCCUGAAGCGGGACAAGGAUGCGAUCUACGGGCACCCGUUGUUCCCCCUCUUAGCUCUGGUCUUUGAGAAGUGCGAGCUGGCGACCUGCACGCCCCGGGAGCCCGGCGUGGCCGGCGGGGACGUCUGCUCCUCCGACUCCUUCAACGAGGACAUCGCCGUCUUCGCCAAACAGGUCCGCGCUGAAAAACCACUUUUUUCUUCAAACCCAGAGUUGGACAAUUUGAUGAUCCAAGCAAUACAAGUACUAAGGUUUCACCUUUUGGAGUUAGAAAAGGUUCAUGAAUUGUGCGAUAACUUCUGCCAUCGGUACAUUAGUUGUUUGAAAGGAAAAAUGCCAAUAGACCUCGUUAUUGAUGAAAGGGAUGGCAGCUCCAAAUCAGACCACGAAGAACUCUCAGGAUCUUCCACAAAUUUAGCCGACCAUAAUCCUUCAUCUUGGAGAGACCACGAUGAUGCAACCUCAACGCACUCGGCAGGCACACCGGGGCCCUCCAGUGGGGGCCAUGCUUCCCAGAGUGGAGACAACAGCAGUGAGCAAGGGGACGGUUUAGACAACAGUGUAGCCUCACCUGGUACAGGGGAUGAUGAUGACCCAGACAAGGACAAAAAGCGACAGAAGAAAAGAGGCAUUUUCCCCAAAGUAGCAACAAAUAUCAUGAGAGCGUGGCUUUUCCAGCAUCUCACACAUCCAUAUCCUUCAGAGGAGCAGAAGAAACAGUUAGCCCAAGACACAGGACUUACAAUUCUACAAGUAAACAACUGGUUUAUUAAUGCCAGAAGAAGAAUAGUACAGCCUAUGAUUGACCAGUCAAAUCGAGCAGGCAAGUUCCAAGUAGUAUCUGUAUUCAAGUCCCACAGGCGCAAAUCCUCAUCAAGUUAUUCUUCAGGAGUCCCAUCACCUGUGAGCCAAGGAGCAGCAUAUAGUCCAGAGGGUCAGCCGAUGGGAAGCUUUGUAUUGGAUGGUCAGCAGCACAUGGGAAUCCGGCCUGCAGGACCUAUGAGUGGAAUGGGCAUGAAUAUGGGCAUGGAUGGGCAGUGGCACUACAUGUAACCUUCAUCUUGUAAACCAAUCGCAAAGCAAGGGGGAAGUUUGCAAGGCAUGCCAGGGGACUACGUAUCUCAGGGUGGUCCUAUGGGUAUGAGUAUGGCACAGCCAAGUUACACUCCUCCCCAGAUGACCCCACACCCUUCUCAGUUAAGACAUGGACCCCCAAUCCAUUCAUUUUUGCCAAGUCACCCCCAUCACCCAGCCAUGAUGAUGCACGGAGGACCCCCUACCCACCCUGGAAUGACCAUGUCAGCACAGAGCCCCACAAUGUUAAAUUCUGUAGACCCCAGUGUUGGUGGACAGGUUAUGGACAUUCAUGCCCAAUAGUAUAAGGGAACUCAAGGGAAAAACAAAACAAAAACUAUUUUAAGACUUUUGAACUUUGACCAGAUGUUGACACUUAAUACGAAAUUCCAGACAGCUGUGAUUAUUUUUUACUUUUUGUCAUUUUUCAUCAACAACAGAGGACCAACGAAACAAGAACACAAAUGUGAAAUCAUGGGCUCACUGAAAUGAAUAUGUCCAUGUACAGAUCCUCUGGAAAAAAAAAAAAAAGACUCCAAGAGUUAUAACUACUGUAGUAUAAACAUAGGAACUAAGUUAACUUGUACAUUUCUGUUGAUCACUCCGUUACGUUGCCUCAAAUAGUUUUAGAAGAAAAAAAAAAAAAAUCCUUGUUUUCCACACUAUGUGUGUUGUUCCCAAAAGAAUGACUGUUUUGGUUCAGCAGUGAAGUCACUAUCCAUGAAAGACCUGUUUUGGCCAGUGAGAAAAGAACUACCCUGGAGAUGAAGACGAAAAGUCUUGCUGGGUCUCUCAUCACUCAGAAGACUGUUCCAAGAAGGCCUUGCCAUUCCCUCGUUUUGUUCCUUCAUAAAAUGUGUCCUUUAGUUUCAAACAGAUCUUUAUAGUUUGUGCUUCAUUAAGUCUCUCCCCAUUCCUCCCCAGUUUUGUGGUUUUUUUUUUUUUUUUUUUUUUUGGACUCUUCUUCAAAGAGCUUGCAGGUGAAGAUUUAAAA